AUGAUGAAAUCAUCUUCAACCACAAGAUCUCAUGUCUACUUUUGGGGAGCGAUUGGAGUCAAAGGCAUUCAAUCGAAUACACCUCAUUUGAUUGCUACGAGUGAGAAGAAGGCUCCCUCCGGAAUUUCCAAUCCUUCUCCUCUCGUGAAUACUAAAAUUAUUCAAGUGAGUGCUGGUGGAAGCUUUUUACUGUUAUUGGACGAUCAGGGUCAUGUCUAUGCAUUGGGGAAAAAUCAAGAUUUCCGAUUAGGAAUGGGAGAUGAGAAGGAUCGUUUGAGUGUACCUGUAAAGAUUCCGACCAUUUCCAAUGCUAGUGUCAUUGCUGCAGGUUACAGACAUGGUUCGUGUUUGGUACGACAUGCUGGUGAAUCCAAAGUCAUGCUUUGGGGCAAAUUGAGUUCAAGUUUGCAGUUUACAAAACCCACAGUGUUUCAAGUACCUUGUGCGAGUGAUGAUGAAGUUGUGUCGAUUCGUGCUGGAAAUGGGUAUUCUUGUGCCUUAACACGAAAAGGACAUGUUUUCAUGAUUGGAAAGAAUACGUCCCACAAAUGUGGUUUCAAGGAGGAGAAUUGUGAUGUGAACUCGUUCACUCCACUCGUCUUUUCGAAUGGAUCCGAGAUAGUGACUGAAUUUAAAGAUAUUGAUUUGGGCUAUGACUCCACGUUGGCAAUUGCUACCAAUGGAGAUGUUUACGGAUUUGGCUCCAAUGCAUGCUUUCAAUUAGGAAUUGGUAAUGUGAGAAAUAAGUCGGGACACUUGCCAACAAAAGUUAAUUUUUCUCAACCGAUUGAGGCAGUUCAAGUGGCAUGCUCUCGUGGCUCGUCACAUCAUUGUCAUGGUAUGGUAUUAGAUUCGAACGGAUUCAUGCAUACAUUUGGCUCAGGUUACAAGUACAAACUGGGAACCCAGACCACCGACGAUCAACCUGUACCUGUAAAAAUUAUCUUGGAAAAUGGAGCAAAAAUCAAGCACUUGGUUCCAGGAGGAAUUCAUAAUUUUGCACAAACUGUCGAUAAUUCCUUACUGAGCUUUGGAUGUGGAAGUGACGGGCGUCUUGGUCAUCAAGAAUCUGAAAAUUAUAGAUAUCUUUACAAGGAGUUGGAACCAAGAAAAAUUGAAGAUUUGGGUAAUCGUGUGGUUAUGGCUGACUCUGAUUAUUACUUUGGAGUGGCACUUUGUGAAUAG